AACAGAAAGAUCUAUAGAAAAAAGAUGUAUUUAUGUAUGUACAUUUUCAUAAUAGAUUAUUUCUAUAAUCUGAUAUACACACUUGUACAUCUUGCAAGAAUCACGUGCGACAACAUGUUGGUUGGCCAACCAGAAGGAAAUAAAAUCACUCGAUUGACCGAGUUAGAAAUAGUUUGUAUUGUUACUCCAACUCCAAUUCAGAGUUUCAAUUGAUAGUGAUCUCUCAUAAGACAGACUUCUCAAAGAAAUUCUAUAGUUUUUAGUCAUUUUCGGCGAAAAGAAUUAUCUUCAGAAAUACAUAUAAGUGUGGAUCGAACAACGAUCAGGAUUGUUCACAACAGCGCCGUACGAUCUGUACGAUAUAUCGAUGAUGUCGAAUAAAAAAAUAUUUCAACAAAAUAUCGAUCAAGAAAAAUGGACGACAGAAAAAGAGGAUAAGCAGAAAGUAUUAACCCAAGAAUUAUCAAAUUCUAAACCGACAUAUAAAUGGAAUAUCGUUUGGAAAAAUGUGAUCGUAUUUAUUUAUUUUCAUCUUGGUGGUAUAUAUGGAUUUUAUCUUUGGGCUACUAACAGAACCAAGAUAUAUACAAUUUUGUGGUCAAUUUUCGUGGAAUAUUUUGCCAUCUUAGGCAUCACAGCUGGUGCCCAUAGAUUAUGGUCACAUAGAGCUUACAAAGCAAAAUGGCCCUUACGUUUGGUGUUAAUGCUCCUUCAAACAAUCUGUUACCAGAAUCAUAUUUAUGAAUGGGUGAGAGAUCAUAGAGCUCAUCAUAAAUUCACUGACACUGAUGCGGAUCCGCAUAACGCGCGUCGAGGAUUCUUUUUCUCUCAUGUAGGCUGGUUAAUGGUCCGAAAGCAUCCGGAUAUAUCUAAAAGAGGUGGCACUAUUGACCUGAGCGAUUUGGAAAAAGAUCCCAUCGUCGUUUGGCAAAGAAGAUUGUAUAUUGUGCUGAUGCCCCUUUUGUGCUUUGCAAUCCCUACAUGGAUACCCUAUCAUUUUUGGAAUGAAAAAUUCACAUAUUCCUGGUAUAGCAAUCUAGCAAGAUACGUUUUUUCCUUGAACGUAACAUGGCUGGUAAACUCUGUUGCUCAUAUCUGGGGCAUGAAACCAUACGAUAUGAACAUUUGUCCAGUAGAAAACAAAUUUGUGUCAAUGUUUGCACACGGUGAGGGAUGGCAUAAUUAUCACCAUGUAUUCCCGUGGGAUUAUAAAACUAGUGAAUUUGGUAGCUAUACUACCAAUUUUACCACCGCGUUCAUCGAUUUCUGCGCUUUUUUGGGAUUGGCAUACGACAUGAAGACUGCUCCCAAUGAAAUGAUUAGAAAACGAGCGGCUAAAACUGGAGACGGAUCGAGAUAUAGUAAAAAUGAAGCUGUUCGUUACUACAAUCUCGAAGAUAUGAAAUGGGGUUGGGGCGAUGUAGACAUGAAGCCUGAGGAAAUCCAGGAAGUCAUCAUAUACAAUAAGAGUGAUUGAAUUGAUAUUAUUAUAUUAUAUUUAUUGAUAUUAUCAGAUAGCAUAAAUGAAUGAUCGAUCUUUUCGAAUAAUGAGAAUAAUCGUUAAUUGAGAAGAUCGAUGAUUUAUUUUUUAUAAUGUUAUUAAAUUAAUGUACUAUGUAUAAUAUAUUAUAAAUACAAUUAUUAUAAUAUAAAUAAUA